CAGACGCGGAAGUGGAGGCCGGUGGGGAAGGGGUCACGUGACGCGGCGUCCUGAUCCGCGAUGGACGCCGUGCGGUGGCACCCGCGGUCCGCACCGGGCGUCUCCUCGCCGUGCGGUCGCCGCCUCCACCACCACCACCUCCUCCACCACCACCACCUCCUCCACCUCCCGCUGCUGCUCCCCCGCGUCUCCCCCGCGCGCCGCCUGCUCCCGCUGCUGCUGCUCAUCGCGGCGGUGACGGCGGCGUUGGGCGCGCAGGCCGAGCUGCCCGCGCGCCUCCACUCGUACAGGUCGCGAGUCAAGGCAAUGUUCUACCACGCGUACGACAACUACAUGCACAACGCCAUGCCCUUCGAUGAGCUGAGACCUCUUACGUGCGAUGGGCAAGACACCUGGGGCAGAUUUUCUCUCACUUUGAUUGACGCGUUGGACACACUUCUGGUUCUGGGAAACACUACCGAGUUCCAGAGAGUCUCUCUCUUUCUUGAGGAUGCAAUCAACUUUAAUCAAGAUGUCAACGUGUCCGUGUUUGAAACAAAUAUCCGUGUGGUGGGUGGCCUGCUGUCUGCACACCUGCUGUCCAAGCAAGCGGGCGUGGAGCUGGAGGAAGGAUGGCCCUGCUCGGGGCCACUCCUCCGCAUGGCUGAGCAGGUCGCCAGGAAACUCCUGCCCGCGUUCCAGACGGCGACGGGCAUGCCAUACGGCACGGUGAACCUGCGGCACGGCGUUCACCCCACUGAGACGAGCGUCACCUGCACGGCUGGCGUGGGAACCUUCAUUCUGGAGUUCUCCGCGCUCAGCCGGCUCACCGGAGACCCCGUCUUUGAGGACACCGCUCGCAGAGCUCUGCUUUCCUUGUGGACAACACGCUCAGAGAUCGGUUUGGUGGGCAACCACAUCGAUGUGAAGACGUCGGCCUGGGUCGCGCAGGAUGCGGGGAUUGGAGCUGGAAUCGAUUCAUACUUUGAGUAUUUAGUCAAAGGGGCCAUCCUGCUGCAUGAACCAGAGUACAUGGAAAUGUUCAAAGAGUAUUCGGAAGCAAUUGAGAAGUACAUGAAGCACGAUGAUUGGUAUGUGUGGGUUCACAUGAGCAAGGGGACCGUCUCAAUGCCAGUAUUUCAGUCGCUGGACGCCUAUUGGCCAGGACUACAGAGUUUGGUGGGAAAUAUCGACAGUGCCAUGAAAACCUUGCACAACUACCAUCAAGUGUGGAGGCAGUUCGGUGGCCUCCCAGAGUUCUACAACAUCCCGCACAGCACCACCGUUGACAAGCGGGAGGGGUACCCCCUCCGCCCCGAGCUUGUGGAAAGUGCCAUGUACCUCUAUCGAGCGACCAAGGACCCCUUUCUGUUGGAGUUGGGUCAGGACAUCCUUGAGGCCAUUGAGAAGAAUGCUCGCGUGGAGUGUGGAUAUGCAACGGUAAAAAAUGUUCAAGAUCAAAGGCUGGAAAAUCGAAUGGAAUCAUUUUUCUUGGCCGAGACCACAAAAUAUCUCUAUCUCCUGUUCGACCCGGACAACUUCUUACACAAUAGUGGUGAGGUAUCGGACAGUGUGUCCACUCCUUUUGGAGAAUGCAUCCUCGGCGCAGGGGGCUACAUCUUUAACACAGAAGCCCACCCCAUCGACCCAGCGGCUCUGUAUUGCUGCAGUCAUUUUAAAGACGAAACUUUGACCCUGAAGAGAUUGUUUGAAGAAGCUGUGAAUGCAGCGCCCAAAGAAAAUGCAGGUGGUUACACACCGUCAGACUGGAGUCAGGUUGACAAAGACAAACACAAUGUAAGUGUGUGGACCAAUAGUAGCAGACCUCAAGAAGCGGGGGCCAGAAGGAAAUCUGGCCAUAGAAGAACGGCCAUAAUGGGAUCGCCAAGCCAGCCAUACACCUCAAAGCUGUCUGUUUUAGGACAAAUGUUUGUUGACAAGGAAUAAAAAUCCUGUAUCAUUA